AAAUUUGGUCCCACAUAAGGUGCUCAGAAAAUCAGGUGAAUGUUGACUUGUGGGUAACUAAUGAAGCACUUUCGAAAGAGCGAGUGAGCCGUCUCAUACUGAUGACGUGUACAGUCUGUGUUUACUGCUCGUUGCGGAUAAAAACUGACAAAACCGAACUUCUUAUCAUCUAGCAGUGAGGCUGGGAUCUUGCAUGGAGUGAGUGUUGUGCCCCAGUGAGAUGACAGACCAGGGCAACAACAAUCAGAACAUCUCCUGCAACCCUUUUGCUGCCCUCUUCAGCUCACUUGCAGAUGCCAAACAGUUUGCAUCUGGACAGAAACCACAGCAGCAGCAGCAGCAGCCUGCUCCACAACAACCAGCUAACUUGGAGGACUCUGGAGACAGCCAGUCUGAGUCAGAAAACUCCGUGUCAGACAGUGUUGAUGACAAUGACGACUCGGUUGCAGAGAUCAGCCGCUCAUUCCGGUCCCGACAGGAGCUGUGCGAGCAACUCAAUGUCAAUCACAUGAUCCAGAGGAUAUUUCUGAUCACUUUGGACAACAGUGAUCCCAGUCUCAGAGGAGGUAAUGGGAUCCCUCCUCGAUGCGUUUACUUGGAGGAAAUGGCAGCGGAUCUGGAUGGGCAGGACUGGCUGGACAUGGACAACAUAGAGCAGGCUCUGUUUAAUCGCCUUCUGAUGUUGGAGCCAGGAAAUCAUCUCAUUUACAUGACGUCAUGUAGUGCGGUGAACCUAUCUGCCGACCGUGACGCUGGAGAGAAAUGUGCAGUCCCUUAUCUUUUUGCUUGUUACCUGAGGGCUAAAGAAGAGGUGAAGAAAGUGCCUGAGAAGUUGCACUCAUUUGCUGAUCGCUGCCAAACCCUCACGGUUUCAAACGCACGGACGGUUCUGCUCACGCCAGAGAUCUAUGUUAACCAGAAUGUUUAUGAACAGCUUUUGGACCUCCUGCUGGAAGGCAUCAGGGGAGCUCAGCCAGAGGAGUUGGUUGAAUUCUUAGAGGAGGUCAUUACUGGCCUGCUCUCCGACCAAGAGGUGCGAUCCUUUCAGGAGGUGCUAGUUCCUGUGCUAGAUAUCUUCCAGGGCCGUGUCAAAGAUCUGGACCUUUGUCAGCCUCUCCUCUACUCUUACCUAGAUGUUCUCCUCUAUUUCAGCCAUCAUAAAGAUAUAUCAAAGGUAUUGGUGGAACACAUUCAACCAAAAGACCCAGCUAAUGGUUUGCAGUAUCAGAAGAGCCUAAUUGGGGCAGUAUUGAAUAUAUCGUGCUUACUGAAAACCCCGGGUGUUGUAGAAGGACAUGGCUACUUCCUGAACCCCUCUCGCUCCAGCGCACAGGAGACAAAAGUUCAAGAGGCAAACAUCCAUCAAUUUAUGGGUCAGUUCCAUGACAAGCUGCACCAGAUCUUCAAAAACCUGCUACAGCGUUCGGUUGAGACCCGCCACUUGCUGCUCACGUGGUUGGGCAACUGUCUGCAGGCCAAUGCCGGCCGAGCCAAGAUCUGGGCCAAUCAGAUGCCAGAGAUAUUCUUUCAAAUGUACGCCUCGGAUGCAUUUUUCCUGAACCUGGGUGCCGUUCUGCUUAAGCUGUGCCAGCCGUUCUGCAAGCCGCGCUCACCCAAACUGCUCACCUUCAACCCUACCUACUGCGCGUUCAAAGACAUGGGCGACGAGGAGAGACGCAACCGUAGCAUCCACGCUAGAGGGCUGGACAAGGAAACGUGCCUGAUCCCUGUGCCGCCCCAGCAGCAGGUAGAGCCCGCGCAGUCCUACAGCCUGCUGACCGAAAACCUCAUCUUCACACAGCUCACCAUGUAUCUGGGCUUCCACAGACUCCAUGAUCAGAUGGUCAAGAUAAACCAGUCUCUUCACCGAGUUCAGGUGGCAUGCCAGGAAGCCCAGAGGACUCACAACCCGAUGACGGAGCAGCUCCUGGAGCAGUUUGAGCGCCUGAUGAUUGUUUAUCUGUCAACCAAAGCUGCCACCACGCAGCCUGCGAUGCUGCAAUGCUGCCUUAACCUCCAAGCUUCCACUGCUGCGCUGCUGGUGCAGAUCAGUCUGGGAAACCAGGGGCCUGAUCAUGUAGCACUCUGCUUUCCCCUGCCCUCUCUGAGGAAUAACAUGCUCUGCUAUAUACCCGAGUUUUUUGCAGAAAACUUGGGAGAUUUUUUCAUAUUUUUGCGUCGGUUUGCUGAUGAUGUGUUAGAGACUUCUGCAGAGAGCUUGGAGCCAAUUCUUAACUUCAUUACAGUCUUCAUGGGUAACGUGGAGAGGAUGAAGAACCCUCAUUUAAGAGCAAAGCUUGCAGAAGUCUUGGAGGCAGUAAUGCCUCACAUGGAGCCUCUGGCUCCUGGUGCCGCUCAGCCAAUCGUGUUCCAAAGAGAGCGAGUCUUCUGCUCCUACAGACAUGCACCUCAGCUGGCUGAGGCCCUCAUCACUGUGUUUGUUGACAUUGAAUUCACAGGAGAUCCUCAUCAGUUUGAACAGAAAUUUAACUAUAGAAGACCCAUGUAUCCAAUUCUGAAAUACAUGUGGAGCAAAGAAAACUACAGAGAGAGCAUUAAGCAUUUGGCAAACUAUGCAUCAGAGAACCUGGAGGCCAUGAACCCCCCACUGUUUCUCAGGUUCCUUAACUUACUCACCAAUGAUGCCAUCUUCCUGUUAGAUGAAGCCAUUCAGUACCUGAGUAAAAUUAAAGUUCUGCAGUUGGAGCGGGAUCGAGGGGAGUGGGAGGGCCUGGCCCCAGAUGCCCGUAGAGAGAAGGAGUCGAGCCUCCAGAUGUUUGGACAGCUGGGUCGCUUCCACAACAUCAUGUCUAAUGAGACCAUAGGGACACUGGCCUUCCUCACCUCAGAAAUCAGAGGGAUCUUUGUGCACCCCUUCCUGGCUGAGAGGAUUAUCUCAAUGCUAAACUACUUCCUGCAGCACCUGGUGGGUCCAAAGAUGGGUGCCCUUAAAGUCAAGGACUUCAGUGAAUUUGACUUUAAGCCACAGCAGCUUGUUUCGGACAUCUGCACCAUCUACCUGAAUCUGGGAGAUGAAGAGAAUUUCUGCACUACAGUUCCAAAGGAUGGAAGGUCGUAUUCUCCUACGCUCUUCUCUCAGACGCUUCGUGUGCUGAAGAAAAUCAACAAGCCCGGAGACAUGAUUGUGGCGUUUGGUGUCCUUGCAGACAAAAUAAAGUCUCAUGCAGACAGGCAGCAGCAGGAAGAGGAAACGUAUGCAGAUGCUCCAGAUGAGUUCCUGGACCCCAUCAUGUCCACCCUGAUGAUGGAUCCUGUUCUUCUCCCCUCCUCCAAUGUGACAGUAGACCGCUCCACUAUAGCUAGACAUCUUCUCAGUGAUCAGACUGAUCCUUUCAACCGUAGUCCUCUAACUAUGGACCAGAUCAGGCCAAACGUGGAACUUAAACAGCAGAUCUUACAGUGGUUAGAGAAACAUAAGCAGGAGAAGCAGCUGGGGCCCAGUGGCUAGUCCUGACCUCUCUUUGUGAAUCUUAACAUGUCUGUUCUCUUUCCUGGGCCACAUGCUCCUUGGUUUUAUGGCGAUUUGGGGUGAUUUUUAUUUUUAUUUUUUUUACUCAGGCUGCCAUUGGUUUAGCCAUUUCACCUAGCAUUCAUCCUCACAGGAUCCUCUUAGCAUCAGCAGUCCAGGUACGCUUCAACUCAUCUGCUGGUUACAACUUCAAAGUCGAGUUUCGUCUAUGAUUCUCUAUCCUAAAUGCUUAUGAACUCCCAGAUUUUGUAACACAAAAUAAGUAUUUUUAGAAGUCAGAAUAUGGAUCCCAUUGUUAUUUAAACCUGUUUUACAUCAUCUGCUGCUUUUCACUGCAAAUGCCUCGUAUGUUUGCACUUUGGUCAUAUUUUAAGCAGCAUGCUUCCUUUGAGCCCUUAACCAAAAUUAACUGGAACUCUAUGCUCUUUCAUUGUAAAUAUUCUACAUUAAACUGGUGCCCCUAAGAUUAUUGUUCUUUUUAAUGUGCAUAAAGGAGUUUGACCUAUGAACAACUACUGUGCUUAAAGAUUCGUUAUUAGAUUGUUUUAAUAGACUUAAAGCUAGGUUUUCAGUUGCUUACACACACAGUCAGAAAAUGACAUCUGAAAAUGUCUGAACUGUUUAAUUACACCGCUUAAAAUAAAUGCAAACUGACCGUUUAAUGAUAGCUCCAGGAAACAUUCAAGUCUGAGAGAAAGGUGUAGCAUGAAAGUGACAGUAGUGCUGCUAUCACAGGCUUCCAAAAUGACUUGUGUGUAAUGGAUAACCUCUUGAGGGGAUGCUAUGAUCAACACGUUUCUCCAGAUUGUGGUUUUUUUAGUCUUAAAACACAUGUUGAUUUCAGAAUGGACAUUUUUCUUUGUCAUCUUUUUAUUGAGAAAAAGCCGGUCGCCUAUAAAUUCACUGAUUUUUUUUUUGGUUCUGAUUGGUUCCACAUUCUGGUUUGUUUAAUUUAUUCCAUUAACUAUUUUAGGGUAUUUGGAAUGACCGUAUUUCUUCACAUUAAACCCUAAAAUGCAAAAAAAUACAAAUAAACGAUGCAAUCAUUUUUGAGCUGCAGUGCACGUCAGUCAUCAUUUCCUCUUAACUUUUCAAAAGAUGGCUGAUGUGUUCUAAUGAAGUUAUUGAACAGAACGGCGUCAUGUGAGCAAACAUCUAAACAGUAGUAUCUGUGCCUAAAACCCAUAGCCUUCCAGUAAAAUCAGCAAAUAAAGACCUUGUUUCAAACUCCUUUUAAUUUUAUUAUUUUUUCAUUAAAUAAAUGGAUCUAUGGAGUUAAAGAAAAGCAUACAUUGAUUACAUUUUGGGAAGAAGUGUUUUGAAUUAAAGGAGUUUUAUUUAAAUUUAAGUGAACUGUGAUGAGACGUCUUUGGCAUUCUCAAAUGCUGUUUUGAAAAUCUAACAUGUACUCUCUCUCUAAUGAUCACACUGUUUGAUUAAAAUCCUUUCCCUUUUUGACUUCUUUGCUGUGAUUGUAUUAUGUUUACCUUGGAUGUACAGUGUAAUUAUGAAAUAAUCUCAUGUAUGUAAUUAAAGAUAUUUUGCUUUCUCUCA